CGCUCUGUGGUGUGAUUACUGUGAGGAUAAUCUUUAACACACAUGCUGUCUCUAAGGGGAGCUGUGGAAAGUUGGCUCAGAGCGGCCAGCCUUCCUGAAGAAACUGUAAGGAGACAGCUUACGACCCAGCGUGGAGACAUCCUUUUUCCUGUCAAGACGUAUCUGUUUGCCUAAUCUACACAAAGUCUCCAUCCCCCACCAUCCUGCUCUGUUUUUAUCCCCUCCCUGGUAGGGAUGUGACUGCCAUGGCAACUGCUGACUCAUCCUACACCGUCUGCAGCCGUCCUCUAAUCCCAUCUCCUCAUGCAGCCAGGCUCUCCAUCGUCCAGGCCUGCAUUAGCAUAUUGAUAUGAAGAUUCAAUUUGCUAUAUUAGUUGCUGCAGGAUAGUCUCGAAGGACACGGAGAAGCAGCAGGGCUGAACAGCUGCCAUUCGGAUGGGUAACGUACCCACUACAGUGAAGCACUGCUUGAGCUAUGAGCAACUCGUCCAGGACUACCCAUGGCUGAAGCGCUGGCUGCUGGAGGAGAAGACAAUUACAGGACAUAAGUAUCCAGAGUUUGUCAAAAUAGUUGAAGUUGGGCCGAGAGAUGGGCUUCAAAAUGAAAAGGAAAUUGUUCCGACAGGGGUGAAAAUCCAGCUGAUAGACAUGCUCUCGGGAACAGGCCUGCCUGUGAUCGAGGCCACCAGCUUUGUCUCUUCAAAGUGGGUACCGCAGAUGGCAGACCACACUGAUGUCCUCAAAGGAAUCAAGAGAGCACCUCAUGUUAGGUACCCUGUUUUGACACCUAACAUGCAAGGCUUCCAGGAUGCUGUUGCAGCUGGUGCUACUGAAGUGGCGGUGUUUGGGUCAGCGUCUGAAACCUUCAGUAAAAAAAAUAUUAACUGCUCUAUUGAUGAAAGCAUGCUGAGGUUUAAGGAAGUCAUUAACACUGCCAGAGAGCAACAAAUUCCAGUCCGGGGGUAUGUUUCUUGUGCCCUUGGAUGCCCCCACGAGGGACACAUUGAACCUUCUAAAGUGGCUGAGGUGGCAAAGAGGUUAUAUGAAAUGGGUUGCUACGAGAUUUCCUUGGGGGACACCAUCGGGGUUGGUACUCCAGGUUCCAUGUCUAAGAUGCUGCAGAGUGUGAUGAAGGAGGUGCCCGCCGACGCUCUAGCAGUUCACUGCCAUGACACUUACGGGCAAGCACUGCCCAACAUCAUUACUGCUCUUCAGAUGGGGGUCUGCGUGGUGGAUUCUGCAGUAGCUGGUCUGGGAGGUUGCCCAUACGCUCAGGGUUCAUCUGGCAAUGUUUCAACAGAGGAUGUUCUCUACAUGCUCCAUGGCAUGGGCAUUGAAACUGGUGUGGACCUUGCCAAAGUGAUAGAGGUGGGUGACUUCAUCUGCAGUGCUAUACAUCGCAAAACAAACUCCAAGGUUGCCCAGGCAAGAGGCAGAGCACUGUGAUGUGCUUCUGUGAAGGAAUAUAUUUUAAUAAUUGACUCAGUUCCCCUUUAAAGUGCUUCCCCUAUUGUUGCUGCCUUCAGAUUUGUUGCCUACGGUAUGCUUCUGUCUUUGAAGUACAUCAUUCCUUAUUUUAAAAUGUCAAAAGGUGUUUCAAUCAAAUCAUUUCAACAAUUGUCAGAUUUUUUUCUUGUAGUUCAAAGUGUGCUGUUUUGAACUACAUUCCUACUGCGCAUUUAAUUCCACAUUGUAAAGUCUAUUACUUGAAGGAAGGCGGGCCAUUGAGGUCAACUGAAUCAUCUCAUUGUUUGUGUGAUGUUUUGGUCGGCUUAUGUUUUGCACAGUAGCGGUUUGAUGUCAUGAUAAAUGUCCAGAUCAAUGACUUGUUAAAUCGCGAAUACAUGCUGUUACUAAAAGCUACUCCAAAAGCUGUAUAUUCACCUCUAUUUCAAAACCUUUUCAUAUUUAUUUGGCUCAGACAAAUAAAUCCUGUAAAGGUCAGUCACUUUUAUUGCUGUGUGUAACUCAGUGGCCUUAUAAGAUAAACUAACAGAAAAAUAAUUAAGUCUGUUUUGGCAACCAGCUAAAAAACUGUGUAUUAUCACCACAGAUGUAACAUCUCUUUAUGCACUUUACUCCUCCAAAGACCCUUUCAGCUUUUCCUACCUGGGUCAGAUCCUGCAUGAAUAGUAACUGAAAACAAGACUCCUCUCAAACCAACACAGGAAUAACAAUUUCAAAGCCGUCUCCAAAAAGUUAUUGCCCUCAGGUGCCAAAGACUACUUAAGAAGUGCCCCGUGUUCAUUUUAUGAAUUAAUAGAAUGAAUUUUUUUGGAUUAUAAAAAGUUUUACUGUGACACAAGCUACUGUCUGAGUGAAUCAUCUGUGUGGUUUUAACCUGCCUUUUUACAUCCUACUGUGCUAUCUGCAAAACUAAUAAAAAUAUGAACAUUUAAUAAAAUUUGAUCUUAAGCAAGAUGGCAAAAAAAAAAUGCAGUAAAUGUUGUGUUUGAGAAAACGUGUCAUUAUCAGGUAACUGUCUAUACAUGUAGCCAUAUGCUGGACUAUUAAGAUUAUUCAAAUAAAGAAAAAGGAGAAUAAAACGGAAAA